UGAGUCUUCUGACUGCACCUACGACCUUUUCUUUCUUCCUUGCUUCCCUCUGCUCAAUCUUCCGGUUCCAAUUGCAGUCCCUCGUGAUCUUGAGCCCGGAAGACGUGUGUGUGUGCGGCGCGUGCCACUAUUACUACUAGUACUACUACUACUUCUACUUGCUGCCUUGCCCUCAUCCUCCCCCCCCCCAACUCUCUCCAUCUUGUCCACAACACGACACCAUCCUCCCCCCACAAGCUCUUCUUCUACGGAGCAUCUUAUCCUCCUUGAAAUGUCCUCCAUCAUGGCCGCAUCACAUCCCAGCCCCGUCAAAGACGGCAGGCGAAUUCUCGGGGAAAAGCCCGCCAACGCGUGCCUGUCCCCGGCCCACCAUCGGCACGCUUCUGUCUCGCCCCUCAAACGCCCUUUCCUCGAGGCGCCCUCCUCUCCGAAGAAACUGCUUCGCUCGCCUCUGUUCGCGGGUCAGAAACGCUCCAUCGACCAGGUGGACACCAACGAGCCCCCAAGCAGCACCCAACCCAGCGCGCAGGCCCCGUCGCGGCCAGACGCAUCCCAGAACGUGCAGGAUGACAAUCUCCCCCAGCAGGACUCUCAGAUCCAACAGCAAUCACAUGCGACGGAAUCAGAAACAACACUUCUAGAUUCAGACAAACAACAACACCACCACCACCACGAACCACAACCCACCCAACAACAACCACAACCACAACAAGAAGAUACCCACUUCGUCUCACCACCACCAGCAACAACAACAACGCACCCAAUCCCCAAUGACCCAGAAACCCGCAAACGCUUCAUCAAAGAGAAAGCAACCCUCCUCCGCACCCGUCUCCAAACCGCCAUGCGCAACAUCCACGACCCCCAACUCGACCGCCGUCUCUCCGACCUAGAAGCUCACAGUCGCAAAUACCCCCGCCUGUCCCUCCCCCAAGAACAACGCUCCACGAUCCAAUCCACACCCACCCAAUCCUCCUCCAGCUCUAAUCCCUGCCUAACCACCCCGCGCGUCCACACCGCCCCACAACUUCCCCCUUCCUCGGCAUUACAUGCAUCAGGCCUCUCCUCCCCGCCUCUCUCAGCCGGAACGACAACCACACCUGCUGCCCCCCACGUAGAAGACCAAGACCUAGAAGGAGAUGAGAAAGAAGAGGGCGAGGAGGAGAACGACCCAAUGAAAACACCCACGCAGAAGUCACACCGUCGGAUGGACAUGUACACGCAAACGCAGACAUCCCCAAUGCAGUUGAGUUCUCCGCCGGCGACGGUUUCGCGACGGAGAAUUACCACCGCUAUUACCGAGGAGUUUUUGCGUGCGGACGAUGAGCAAGAAGAUGUGAUGAGGGAGGUAGGAGAGGCAGGAGAGGAUAUGGAACAGUCGCACCCCGAGGAGAGACAACGGCGGUUAUCACAAAAGGGGGACGCAGUGGAUGGGUUAUUGAAGUUGAUGAAUACGGGGGAUCAGAGUGAGGGGUUGGAGGUUUGGAGUGGGUGAUGUUUUUGUGUGUUUUUUUUUAAAAGGGGGAAGGGAAGGCGUUAUGUUUGUCGGGUGUGUUGGAGUUGAAGUUAGAGGUUGUCGAGUAUAGCGUCUAUCUAGGUAUUGAUGGCGGAUGGAUGACUGAUUGAUACAUACAUACAUACAUACCUAGGAUCCAUUGCCGAGUGCAAUGGUUAGAGUCAAUGAU